UUUCUAAAACAAAGCAUGAAGUUUCCAAUCACGUGUCGCACGAUAGACAUAUCAGUUUAAGUUUUUCCCCAGCACACCUAUAUAUUUUGUCAGCUCUCGCAAUGGAACGAGGUAGUGUUACCGCCAAGAACACAGUUCGCAAGACUUCCAGGACUACGCGCAGAAAACGCGUGAUCCGUGCCUCCGCCGGCCAACAGGAGGAAAUUGAAGAAGACCAGCCAGUAGAGCAGGCAGAAGGACCAGAUGCCCCGAAACAGAAAUUACUACAGCGGGUAUUCCUCUACAUCCAGUUAAACGAGCUGACCAAGCUGCCAGACACUGGAUAUCCGCUGGAAUUGCAUUUGUAUCACACGAAACAUACACUGCAAAAAAUGCAGGAGAAAUACACCACAGAGUCGGUGAUUUAUCAGCACGAGUUCAACAUUCAAAAGCCUGUCUUUGCCAUGGGGGUGCUGCAGGACGAUAUCGAGGACAUGAAUGUAUUUAGCGAUAGUCCCCUGGUGAUAAGCUUGUACCAGAGGAUUCCGGCGCAUCGCAAAGGAGAUUCCGACGCCAUAAAGUCGCGAAAUCUCACAGAAACCUCGGAGACCACCGAAGCUACUGGCUCAAAGAAGACCAGGAGGUCAAGGACUAGCAAGAAAUCAUCCGAUAUCAUUCUGGAGGAGAUAGAGGGCGUGGGGGAGGAGGAGGAUUAUUGGGUGGCCGAACGCUUGGAGCUCCUUUCCCGAGGACAUUGCGAUCUAUUGCAACUCUUCCAGCGGCGCCGGUUCAUCAGUGACGUUACUGUCCUCCUGUACCCGGAAUACCACAGCCUGUUGCAGGCCAGAGACAAUAAGAAGAUCACAUCCUGCAGCAUCUGGCACAUGUACUCCAUACUGCCCAUCCUCAAGGAAUUCAACUUCACCAACUUGGCCUUUUUGACGCUGGAAUCGAUCUACAAUGUUCCGGAGGAGCUGCACAACAAGUCUGCGGAAUUAGGCAUACAAUUGUCCUUUCGUUCUCGAUAUCCUCAGGGGGAAGAUGCCAUUUUUCCGGUCAUUCCAUUGUGCACUUACUUUGGCUUUCUAUCGCAGAUCAUUAGCGACCAGAACACGAGCAUCGUCUGGGAGAACAUCAAGCGGGACCUAAAUCCAAACACCAACUUCAGCUCUAAUCAAAUGGAAACAAACUCGCGCAUCAAGCUUCCCCGCAUUUUCAGGAUGCUCCUGUGGGAAAAGGAUGUGAACUUUCGCCUUCAUCGCAUCGAUCCUGUGACGGACUUGGCUUUGAUUAACAACUCAUUGCAUCGCUUUGUGAUCAACGAGGAUAUGCGGAAGAUUCUCGAAGAGGUGUUGGUUCAUUAUGAUUACGAGUUGUUGGUGCAAUUUUAUCAUGAAGUCCCCGACAACGUCUUGUAUGAAGGUGUGAUUAAUCCCAGUAUUUUUGCCUAUCCAGGAGUAAACUACUGCCGUUUCGCCACACUUCUGAGGCCCGUGUUGGAGGAUGGUGAGGAAGUGACGGAAUCUCCACGGGACACUUGGCAAAUAGGUCCCAUGUUCUGCACUCUCAAGAUUUGUUUCUUCCAACCGAUUUGCGAAAGAAAUGAGCCGCUCGACAAGUACAACGAAAGUCUUUUCAAGAGAAGCAAACUGCGACGUUGUUUCGACAUUGAGUUUCUGAAUGAAAACGAAGAGGAGGAAAACCGUAAUGUUCUACUGGAAUUGUACAGAGCCUUUGAUGAACUCAUCUCGGACAUGAUCAGUUUCAUUAUAAAACGGGAAGUGGAGAGUAUAGAUCAGAAACGUGACUUCUUCUGUUGUCAAUUGGGAAAUCUUAGCAACUUGUUGCUAAAAAUCUGCGGUUGCGAUUUUAACGUUCGGAUGCCGACAACAACGAAUAUUGAAUUUAGAGAAAUGCUAACCCAUAUGUAUCAAGAGCUAAUGGAACGAGUUGAGGGGAUUUUGAAUGCCUGCACCUGGCAAUGUUGCGAUAAUAACAUGGACCAGGAAUAUGAUCAGCAAAAUCUGAUUCGCUUGAUGGAUGAAAUGCGAAUGGUCGCCCAAAUCGGUCUACGGGAUAUGGCCAUUCAAAUGUAUGGGGAAAUCAAAAACCAAACUGCAAACAAAAUCAACUUUGACUAUGUAACGCUGCUCAAUAGCGUCGAGAAUUUACAAUUCGCCCAGGCAGCCAGGUACUUUAUGAAGCCAAGAUCGAGUGAAUGGAGCGGCGUAUACUUUACGCAGCUGUUGCAGCUCUAUGUUGAUUACAUGAUGGAACUGCGAUCGACAGACGAGGAAGUCAGAGAUACGGCUUACACAAAUUUGUUGGAAAAUCUGCGGCAGUUAGCCAGCAGAAAUAGCCUCGAAGUUGAGCCCUGGAUCCUUCUUUAUUGCUAUUACAAAAUGGCCAACUAUGUUCCUGGCAUGGAGUACACACGCUGGAAGUUCGAGAAUCUCUACGAGAUUCCUGGGAAAAUUUUUGCAUUCACACCGCGCUCCCUAUAUGAUUUGUAUUUGCCUGGGGAUUUUUCGAUGCUUAGCAGUAGCACGACUAUGAACGUACACUUUUAUCCAGUUUUUAAGCUAUUUGCACGAUUGGGAGCCUAUGUAUUUGCCGAAACCGUAUUGAUGGAUAUAGAAAAUUGUUUUACACCGGCUGAGAUUUAUCUUAUAAAGACUACACUGAAGAUAUUGCAAAGACAGAUCGAUGGGUCCUUCACGAUUCUGAAUAUUCCCACAACCAAUGCUGUGACGGCCCCCUUAAUGCGCUGCUAUCAGCUUCAUAUUAAUGGCAGUGUGGAAUAUGUCAGGGGGCGUUGUGAUGAGGCCCUUAAAUAUUUCCAGCAGCUCUUGGCCAUUUGCAAUGAAGAUGAUAGGUUACUUUUUAAGCUGAGUUUUAUGCGGCUGGGACAGCUAGCCUUUGAGAGGGGCAACUACGAGUUGGCGAAUGAGGCCUUUGACAUUUGUGUGCCUCUUCAGAGAAAACAAAAAAACUUUAUUGCAAGCUAUUGCAAAGGAUUGACACUUUAUCAUCUAAAUCGUCUGCAAGACGCGAUUUCAUAUUUGUCGCGCUGCACUGAAAUGGAUAUGUUUAUUCCCGAUGUAUGGGCUUACUUGGCCACCAUCAACCUGAAAUUGCAAUUAAACAAAAGAGCUUUGGACUGCUGGAAAAUGGCCAAAAAGUAUCCUGAGAUGUUUAUUAGCAAAAGCGUCUAUGCCGAGCUGGAUAAAAUCAAAUAUUCUGAUGUCCAUUUACUGGUUGAUAACGAUGGCAAUCCCGCUGAGAAGGAAACGCAAAUUAACUCAAUGUGCCUUUAAAGGACUUGGCUUUGAAGCUUUUGUAAAUCUCGGAGAAUAUGUUAAUUGUUCUUUGGCAGGUAAAGACGUCCUAAAUAAACAAACUCGGAGUCACGCCUUUCAUCAAA